ACACUGCAGCUCCGCGCGGACUCCCCGGCCCCGGCGAGGUGGCUGCAAACUCGCGGGCACGCACGGCGCUCGGGGAGCCAAGGGACUCGGGGGAGGGGACGCGCGCGGAAGGCGCCAGCUUCCUCUCGCCCGCCCCUCGCAGCCGCGAGCCGCGGUCGGAGCUACCCGGGGCCCCAGCCCAGCAGAGCCGAGCGGCGGCGGCUUCCCUUUUCUCUCCCAGCGAGCCCUGGAGCGCCUCGGGGACCGGCCCGAAAAAGAGCAGGAAAUCUUGUUUACCGCCCGGGUAGAGGAGCCGACCGAGCCUUUGUCUGGAAAGUCAGCAUCUCCGGCUCCGGCUGCAAUGUGUUCCUGGUGACAUUAGCAUUGGACAGCCCGGCCGGAGAAGGGGGGUCGCCAGGUUCAUGUCUGGUUUCGGAGGCGGAUCGAGCGGGUGACUUUUGUGCAUUCAUUUUAAUUUUUGGAAAUCUCUCUUUUUUCCUCCCUCGCCCGCUGCCGGGCAUGUCCUGAUCUGGCGGCCGCUCCUACCGCCCCGGGCUGCCGAUCAGAGCGGUUUCCAGCGGGGCUCUUUCCCUCCCUCCUUGACUUUGCAACACCGCGUUCCGGGAGGACCGACCUCGACGAGGAAAGAGGCGGGGGAACCGCGAACACCCGGACCCAAACCUUGACAUGCUCCCGGGCGGAGAGGAGGAAGCCAGGAGCUGAGCGCGCGCCGGGGCUGCUUCGCCGGCCGGCUCCGAGUGCGGGGCUCCGGGCGCCCUGCCCUGCGCCUGGGCGGCAGCCUUGUUGGUCUGGGGGGCUCCCCACCCCCGCCCCCCGCUUCCCGCCCCGGGGACCCGCGGCCGGCAGGACCAUGCUGCUGAAGGAGUACCGGAUCUGCAUGCCGCUCACCGUGGACGAGUACAAAAUCGGACAGCUGUACAUGAUCAGCAAGCACAGCCACGAACAGAGCGACCGAGGAGAAGGGGUGGAGGUCGUCCAGAAUGAGCCCUUCGAGGACCCUCACCACGGCAACGGGCAGUUCACCGAGAAGCGGGUGUAUCUCAACAGCAAACUGCCUAGUUGGGCUAGAGCUGUCGUUCCCAAAAUAUUUUAUGUUACAGAGAAGGCUUGGAACUAUUAUCCCUACACGAUUACAGAAUACACAUGUUCCUUUCUGCCGAAAUUCUCCAUUCAUAUAGAAACCAAGUAUGAGGACAACAAAGGAAGCAACGACAGCAUUUUUGACAAUGAGGCCAAAGACCUAGAGAGAGAAGUUUGCUUUAUUGAUAUUGCCUGCGAUGAAAUUCCAGAACGUUACUACAAAGAAUCUGAGGAUCCUAAACACUUCAAAUCAGAGAAGACAGGACGAGGGCAGUUAAGAGAAGGCUGGAGAGAUAGUCAUCAGCCCAUCAUGUGUUCCUACAAGCUGGUGACCGUGAAGUUCGAGGUCUGGGGGCUUCAGACCAGGGUGGAACAAUUUGUACACAAAGUGGUCCGAGAUAUUCUGCUGAUUGGACAUAGACAGGCUUUUGCAUGGGUUGAUGAGUGGUAUGACAUGACAAUGGAUGAAGUCCGAGAAUUUGAACGAGCCACUCAGGAAGCCACCAACAAGAAAAUUGGCGUUUUCCCACCUGCAAUUUCUAUCUCGAGCAUUCCCCUGCUGCCUUCUUCCGUCCGCAGUGCCCCUUCCAGUGCUCCAUCCACACCUCUCUCCACAGACGCACCAGAAUUCCUGUCAGUUCCCAGAGAUCGACCCAGGAAAAAGUCUGCCCCAGAAACUCUCACGCUUCCAGACCCUGAGAAAAAAGCCACCCUGAAUUUACCUGGCAUGCACUCUUCAGAUAAGCCAUGUCGGCCCAAAUCAGAGUAACUUCAUAUGAAUAUUUCAUGGGAUUUUAUAUUUUCAUUUUGAGGUUAUUAUUUUUUUUAAUCUUCUGAUAUAGAAAGAGACUGCUUUGUCACUCAAACAUGUCUGAGUGUGCACGUAGUUAAGUAAUUUCACAUAUAACCUGAUUCCCUAAGUAUGCCACACAGCAUGAUAUUAGAUGGAAAAUGUAAGACUUGCCAAGGGCAGAAGGAAUCUUCUGUGGCCACAUCUGGAAGCCAGAGAGGAAGCCUUGUUAUUGGGCAUUUGGUGAGGUUGGUAUGGACUUCAAGGGUAAAUAAAUGAAAACUUUGCA